UAGAGGAGACAAAAGAUUCUGGUGGAAAAAUAAUAUUCUACACCAAGGAUUGCUAUAUAAUGGUGUAACUUUGGCAACAAAACAUAUAAAACAUAUGGAGGAGCACAUUUUCUUAUUGAUUUUUCUCUUUUUCUCUGCUUUUGUAUCAGCUGCACCCUCAAAUGAGACAGACCAAGAAGCUCUACUAGCUUUUCAAAAUCUUAUUACAAGUCCCAAUCAUUUUUUGGCCAAUAAUUGGACCAAGAAUGCGUCUUUUUGCUCUUGGUUCGGUGUCACGUGCAGUUCAAAAAGGCAACGGGUUGUAGCCUUGAAUCUUCCUAAUUUACAACUUCAAGGCACAAUUUCUCCUUCUUUGGCCAAUUUGUCCUUUCUCAGAGAGCUCAAUCUCGAGAACAACUUAUUCCAUGGGGGCAUCCCUUAUGGGCUUGGCCACUUGCCUCGCUUGCGUGUGAUUGAUGUUAAAAACAAUCAGCUCAACGGAAGUAUACCAACAAGUCUAUUUCAAAACCGUAGAGUUCAAGUAAUUUCAUUGGCUUUCAAUGAACUCAGUGGUGAAAUGUGGAGAGGGCCAUGGUAUGUACCUGAACUCAGAGUCUUAAAUCUCAGGAAUAAUAGCCUCACAGGUAUAAUUCCUCCUGCUAUUGGAAAUGCCACAAAGUUGCUGAACUUUAGUUUGUCUGUUAAUAGAAUCAGCGGCAACAUUCCUAAGGAGAUCGUUAAUCUGAGCCAGCUUGCAGUUUUGUCCUUGACUGAUAAUCAAUUAACAGGUCCCAUUCCUGAAGCAUUGUUUAAUAUCUCGUCACUACUUUCUGUAUCUCUGGGAAAGAACAGCCUAUCUGGUCCUCUCUUGGUUGAAAAAGGAAAUAUUUUAUCACAUCUGGAGAGGUUAAGUUUAACUCACAAUCAAAUUUCUGGUCGAAUUCCUUCCAACAUCUGCCAACUCAUACAACUUAAAAUAUUGUCCAUAUCUUUCAACAACAUAACUGGAGAAAUACCCAAAAAUAUUGAUUGUUUAACGAAGCUCGAGGAGUUUUAUAUUGGUAAUAAUCCAAUAGAUGGGACUAUUCCCACUUCAUUGGGAAAUAUUUCCACUCUGCGAAAUCUUUACUGCGGAAGCAAUAGCUUGGAGGGGCCAAUUCCUCCAGAACUGGGUAAGCUAUCAAAUUUGAUAGAAUUCGAUUUUGAAGAAAAUUAUAAUCUUAUAGGUCAGAUUCCAGAGGCUAUUUUUAAUAUAUCUUCUUUGAAACACAUUGCGUUAACUUUGAACAAACUCUCGGGGAGAAUUCCAACCUCUACUGGUCUUCAUCUUCCAAACCUCUUAGAACUUCACUUGACUGGCAAUGAGCUUGAAGGGGAAAUUCCUCCGCAUAUCACAAAUGCCUCCAAGCUUGAAAAUUUGGGGUUAGCACACAACUUCUUCAGUGGCACUAUUCCAACUCAUUGGGGAAGUCUUCCUGAUCUGCGAUUUCUUUUCCUACAUGAUAAUCAACUUACCAGUGAACAUGAGUUGCCGUUCUUCGAAUCUUUGGCAGACUGUAGGAUGUUGCAAUAUCUAGAUGUGGGUUACAAUCCAUUGAAUAGCAUUCUGCCAAAUUCAAUAGGGAAUCUUUCAUCUACUAUUGAAUUCUUUGAAAUAAGCGAUGCUCACAUCAAUGGCCUCAUCCCCACAAGUAUAGGCAACAUGAGUGGUCUUACAACCUUAGUCUUUCAAGAUAACAACUUUACUGGAAAUAUUCCUCCUGAGUUUGGUAAGCUUAAACAACUCCAAGGGCUGUAUCUAAAUAACAAUAAAUUGAAGGGACAUGUUCCUGAGGCAGUAUGAAAUUUAUCUAA